GUAAUUAGGAUUUUGAAUUUGAUUGUAAAUGGGAGUUGAGCCCUAAUUUGCAAAUGCUGAAGCCCAAAGAGAAGAGAGAGAGAGAGAGAAUUGAGGAGGAGGUUUUCCGAUCAUCCUCCGUCCGAUCAGCCGGUAGAGUUGAAACAGUUUUGGUACUUUGAUUGAUUGAUAUAUUAAUGAUCCUGACCAGCGACCAGUAAUCGCCAUUCUUUAUCGGAACCUAUUUAUAUAUACUUGCACGAGUCAAUCUAAAGCUAGCUAGGGUUCAUCGAUAAUAUAUACAACAUUUCUGAUUUCAAUGCAAGCAUUAACAAGAUGGCGCAACUUCUUCAUCACAGCAUCAUCAUCAUCGUCCCAAUUGGCUUCUUUUCAUUCCACUCACAUCCUUCUCCAGAAGAAUAAAAGGAACAAUGAUGCUAGAAGAGAAGAAAAGCCAUCAAAGGAUCAUAUUCGUUUUGAAACACGGCAAAAACGAGCUGAUACAAAGAAAGCCCUCAAGAGUCUUCUCUUCAAUGGUGGGUCACCAAGGUCAACUAUUUUUCAGGAUCAUACAAGAAGUGUAGCUUCUGAUCAUGAUAAUGCAAAUAGUUCUAAUAGAAGAAACCGGGCUAAGUCUUUUUCUGCUCAUCGUGCUAACAAAGAAGCUCAUCAAAAGAGAAUGAAACGUAAAAAAAGACGGGGGAGUUUUUCAGAUGAAGAAGAUGAAUUUCCCGGGAAUACAUUUCGAGCAACUUUUGGGCAUAAAUGUUAUACAUGGUCCUUCGUGGGUGAUGGCGGUUUCUUUACUGAAAAUACUAAUAAUUUUUUCGAGUGGAAAGAACCUCCAAAGCAUGAUACAAGGCAAAAAGAUUGGAGGAAUGAGAGCGAUCACGAAUCUUCGGAUGAUGAUGAUGAAACCACUCCAGUUGAGAAUCCAUCUAGUCAAGAAAGAAUCUUACUUGGCUUACCACCAUUAGGUGAUAUAACUAUAGCCGAUGUGAAAAAAGCAUUCCGUUUAACGGCUUUGAAAUGGCAUCCUGACAAGCACCAAGGCCCCUCGCAGGGAAUGGCAGAAGAGAAAUUCAGGCGAUGUUUGGACGCUUAUAAAUAUCUUUGUGGGAUACACUCGUCGCGGUUGGCUUAAGGUAGGUAAUUUUUAUGUUUUUGUGUAAGAAGCAAAAACUAUAUUGAAUUCUGUUUAAGAUUAAAGUUUAUAUGUAUUUUAUUGUUUUAAUUUGCUAUGAACCUUAAUUGUGGUUUUGAGUUUGAUGUGACCACAAACAAAAGUAGAAGGAAAAGACAAUAAAGUAUUCUUCAAUAAUGAACAACUUCCUAACA